UGUAAUUUUUUAUCAUUUCCUGUAUUACCAUCCAAGCUGACGUCAUCGUGUGUGUUGCUGGUCGACUACCGUCGUUAACGGCUUCUUCCACUUCGCAGCACAUCUCCGGAUAAACGCUAGAGAUGUUGCUGUGUGCUCUGGGGGGCCUGCUGCUGCUGUUCUCCUGCCUGGAUGUGUGGUACUUCCUGCGGGGGGUGGUGGUGGUGGUGCAGGCCUGGUUCCAACCCCCGGUCUUCGACGUCCUGGCAGAGCAGUGUGUUGCUGGGAGGGUCCUACCUCAUGACCUGGACUAUAUGGGUCACAUGAAUAACGCCAGAUACCUGCGGGAGUGUGACUUUGCCAGGUUCCACCAUUACAUGAGGAACGGGAUCUUUCAGACCCUACGCACCCUGAGGGCCACCAUGGUGGUGGGGGCUUCCACUAUUCGCUACCGACGCUCGCUGGCCUUCGGGGAAGCAUUUGACUUGCGCACUCGCAUCGUGGCAUGGGACGACAAAUCAUUCUUCGUGGAGCAGCGGUUUGUCUCCCAGGGCGACGGGUUCAUCUCCGCGGUGAUGCUGUGCAGACAGAACGUUCUCCGUAGCAACCCCGAGAGCAUCCUACAGCUGCUCUGCAAGAGGAAGGUGGAGUGUCCCGACUACCCUGAGGAUCUGCAGCACUGGAUCAGCUUCAUCUCAGCCAGCAGCCAGGCCCUGAGAGCCCAGAGCGGACUAGAGGACAAGACUGGAGCACAGGAAGACAAAGACAAGUGAUACACACAUUCCUUGAGUAACCCUAACAUUAUACAUUGUUGCAGCCCGGUCCCAAGCACACCUGAUUCAACUAAUCUGCUUAUCAGCUGUUGAAUCAGGUGAGGGCCAAGAACUGACAUGGCCGACAGCUCCCUCAGAAUACAGGAACUAAACUGACAUGGCCGACAGCUCCCUCAGAAUACAGGAACUAAACUGACAUGGCCGACAGCUCCCUCAGAAUACAGGAACUAAACUAACAUGGCCGACAGCUCCCUCAGAAUACAGGAACUAAACUGACGUGACUGACAGGAACUAAACUAACAUGGCCGACAGCUCCCUCAGAAUACAGGAACUAAACUGACAUGGCCGACAGCUCCCUCAGAAUACAGGAACUAAACUGACAUGGCCGACAGCUCCCUCAGAAUACAGGAACUAAACUAACAUGGCCGACAGCUCCCUCAGAAUACAGGAACUUAUUCAUUAUGAUUUUAAAAUACAAAACUACUACGGGCCAAGUGGCUUUAACCUUUUACUGCAGUGGGCUAAAUCAGGACCAGUGGGCUAAAUCAGGACCAGUGGGCUAAAUCAGGAUCAUUGGGCUAAAUCAGGAUCAGUGGGCUAAAUCAGGACCAGUGGGCUAAAUCAGGAUCAGUGGGCUAAAUCAGGAUCAGUGGGCUAAAUCAGGAUCAGUGGGCUAAAUCAGGAUCAGUGGGCUAAAUCAGGACCAGUGGGCUAAAUCAGGAUCAGUGGGCUAAAUCAGGAUCAUCAUGUCCUUUUAAUAGCCGUUUACUGCAGUGGGAUAAAUCCGGAUCACACCGAGUGAAUCUUGGUUAUUCUUAAACACAUCUACUUGGAAACAAAUGUAUACACAUCACGCAGCUAGUUAUGGGCUUAAAGAUAGAAGACACCUGUACCAUCUCAGAUAUAGAGAUGAAAUGUAUAAAAUGUUUAGUUUGCAUCCCGAUAUUACACUUCAUAUACGUCACAGAAGACUGGAAUAUAACAUAACCGCUUGACAUAGAAACACUGGAUUUUCCGCGUAAAAAAAUUAAAAUAAAAACGGAAUGUUUGUUAAUUAUGAAAAA